AUACGAGAUGGGGGCAGCUGCGGCAUCCACGCAGCAGCGCCCGCGUCGGGGCCGUCGGGGCCCCAAGGGGGGGCGUGGUGGCGGGGGUGGUGGAGGUGGUGGUGGUGGUGGUGGUGGUGGUGGUGGUGGUGGUGGUGGUGGUGGUGGUGGUGGUGGUGGUGGUGGUGGUGGUGGUGGUGGUGGUGGUGGUGGUGGUGGUGGUGGUGGUGGUGGUGGUGGUGGUGGUGGUGGUGAUGGCGGCGGCGGGGACAGUGGGUCUGACGAGGGGAUCUGGGCUGUCUAGCUAUGAGGCUGAGUUCUACGUUGG